AUGGAUACGAACCUAGGCGACAAGACUGACGCCGGGAAUCAUGCCGCUAUUCCCGGGCCUUCCAUUAGUGACCUCACGGACGUUGCACUUCUCGACAAUGCUGACUUUGGACUGGUAUUAGACCACAAUACCUUGGAUCCGAAUGGUUUCGAUAUGAAUUUUGAUGAACUAUGGUCCAAUGAUUUCAACCAAAGUCCUGGCGAUGCAAACAUAACUCAAAAUCAUCUCCAACAACUCAACACAUUCGACUCUUCAUCAAACCAAUCACCCAUUCCUACGCCUUCAACCCUGCCCCCGAAAGUUGGGCACAGAUUUACUCUGGAAGCCCUCCGCUCCCUGAAAGAAUGGCUCUCAGCACAUACCGAUAAUCCAUACCCAACAGAAGAGGAAAAGACCAUACUAGAGCAUCAAACUGGCUUGAGUCGAACCCAGAUUACAAAUUGGCUGGCCAACGCCCGGAGGCGUCGGACGAUCACUGAUGGCCGUGCCAGCGGCAACACUCAAGUCCCUGAAGGCUAUACGCCCACACGCUCCGGAACGCCGAUACCGAGGAGAGGGCAGCCUUUGAGAGAUCUCAAUCCACUACAGCGAUGGGAGAAUUCGCCUCCAGAGAAUGAGCCGGCUACUGCUUCUGAUAUUGCUCGGGCGAUGGAAUCUGGAGAACUGAUAAGAUCAAUCUGUCUAUUCUGUGGCCAGGAUAACCCAGAUGAGAAUCACCUGGCAAAUCACAACCCUUCUGCGUGUCAAGAAAGGGCGUUUAGCAGAAAAGAUCAUCUAAAACAGCAUCUACGACUCGUGCACAAUGCUGCUCUCACGGAUCUAACUACGAAAUUGUGGAAAACUGCACAGCCAGAUAUCACUUCAAGAUGCGGUUUCUGUCAAGCUUCGUUAAGUACAUGGCCCGACAGAGUUGAUCACCUGGCGAAUCAUUUCAAGCUUGGAUGUACAAUGAGAAGUUGGAUUGGUGACUGGGGCUUCAGUGCCUCGGUCCUGAAGACUCUGGAGAAUGCCAUGCCUCCAUAUCUUGUGUAUUUUGAGGGUGGUACCCCAUUCCCGUUCACCGCGAACGGUUCGCCUCCCGAUUGCCCGCGGAGUGCAUACGAGCUCAUCUCGAUCGAGUUGGCAUACUUUAUACAGAACCACAACGAUACAACUGGAAGUCUACCAAGUCAUAGGGCCCUGCAGCUGGAAGCAUGUAGGAUUGUAUUUGGGUCCGAGGUGAUGUUUCCUGAAACCGAUCCAGACUUACAUGGGGGUUCAUCAUGGUUACGAGAUUUGAUAGUGUCAUCUGAUGAAAUCGUCCAACAGGCCCGCUUCGCGCCCAUUCGUUCGCGCGCAGAAAGCAGACUAUCGGCGUUGAGAAUCAAGGGCAGAAACGCAUUGUUUGAGGAAUGUCCGUUGGAAUCACGCCUGCAAGCCUUUGUACGCACUCAAAGGGCAAAGGGCAUUCAUGCGGUAUCGGACGAAGAGCUGCAAAGAGAAGCUGGACGAAUUAUGCUGCAGAUGGAAAGCGAAUUACAGGCAAAGCCCGAGUAUGUUGCCAACUGGCUUAUCGGGUUUCUGAACCACUCAACAGGUUGGAUUGGUGUCUUUCGACAACGUGCAGAAUUAGUGUUGGUGAGCGACAGCCAGAAUGCUGUUGAACUGAACAACAUUUCGCAGUGGCAAGAUGGCGCUCAAUGGCAAGUUGGCGGAUCAGCAUGGCUUACCGGGAAUGAUUGGUUGCUUGUUGGACAUGGCGACGCAGCAGGCGACAACACGCCCUGGGGAACAGGAAUCGAAAACAGUACAGACCAUACAUCAACGGAUGCUUCGCUACGAGACUUCACAUGGCUAUGGUCAGACGACCAAUCGCCACCUGCUAUCCCACAAUCAAACCCAAGCCCCGAAGCAGAAAGUCAAUCAACACUCCGUCCAACAUGGCUCGGCCCUGGCAUCUAUGUACUGAAUGACCCGAACCACAUUCCAUGGUUCGCCCGUGAGAUGAAGCGAUGGGUAAAGGCUGCCAUGUCGCCAAAUAACCCUAUCAGCCAUGUGCCAUCUGACGAAGAAUUGAGACAUCAAGCUAGAUGUUUACUGUAUAAUGACGAUGACCCUUGGAACCAAACAGCCGCAGAUAAUGCGCAGUGGUUAGAGAUGUUCAAGAAGGAUGUUGGUAUUUUAUGA